GUCAGAGCGCUGAGGCUCCUGUCCUGUGUGAUGUCAGCAGCAGCAGGAGGAGGAGCAGCUGAAGUGAAAAACAACCCUGUGCAUACAUACAGCAGCAGCACUGAUACAAGCAGGGUACACAGAGCAGCGAGACACUGCGCAGCAAAGAUGAUGGCCCUGCAGCUCCUAACCCUGCUCCUGGGGUACCAGCUGGUCUGCGGGACACCAGUUCCUACAAAUGAUCAUUCUACACCAGAGCAAAUUACAACUACACAGCCUUCCCAGAUCCCAGAGGAAUCAACAACACUGAACAAAGUGCCGGUUCUGCUUCCAGAGAAGAUCAAUGUGGCACAGCCUGUGAUCAGCAUCAGCGAGAGGGUGCAAGCCAACCCCCGUGACAAGAAGGAUUUGGGAACACUAGGUUAUGUCCUGGGAAUUCUAAUGGUGGUGGUAAUCAUAGCCAUUGGAAGUGGCAUAGUGGUUGGAUACAUAUACAAAAGGGGCAGAGAUUUAAAGCAACAGCAUGAGCAGGAAGUAGAGGACAGGCGGCUUCAGAGGAUAAAUUUACCGCUGUCUGCCUUCUCAAACCCUACAUGUGAUGUUAUAGAUGAGAAUACAAUUGAAGUAUCCUCUAAUCACACCCCAAACACUAUGCAGGAGGGUGUUGUUCCUCUAAUAAGCAGUGCAGGCACUCCAGGAGCAUGAAGAGGCGUACGUUCCCAUGUGGACAUAUGACAUACCUUUUGGAAAUUAUGGCAACGUCAUACAUUUCAUCGUGCUGUGGCAGUGGCCGAGUGAACUGUGGCAGGAGGGUCUCUACUCCUAAACCAGACUUUUCUCUUUUGGGAGGAAAAGGGACAUGGAUUUUUACAAAUCUCGUAAAGAUUUAAAUCGGGUGUAAGAUUAUAUGGUCGGUGUUUGUUUCCAAGACCUAGAAUUGCUAAUGCUGAUCAAGCCCUCAACAUCUUUUUCAUGAGUUUGUGGAGGUUGUUAUUAACUUUUACAGCGUGCCUGGCUGUGGCAGCUUCUGUUUUGUGUUUUAUUUUCAUGUGUCAUGGACUCUAGCAACAGGAAAACAAAUCUGUUCCGUUCAAUGAAAGCAGGUGAGAAAUCUGCAUGUGGAAAGAACUGAGGUUCUCGCUGUGACUAGCCAAGCUCGGGGUGGUAACUCUCACAACACAAUUUUCUUCCAAUAGAGUUACCAGUUAAUGCAUAAAUGUUGUCUGAGACAGGUAUCCUUCUGACUUAAGCGUGCUGCUGAGAUUUUUAAUGAGCAAAGACUGACGCACAAAUUGUAAGAAAACGGUUUAUUGACCUUUUUGUUUUGUACAUAAAACAUUAUCAGGCGGUGCCUGGCAAUCAAA